AUGGCAUUUGUUUCCACCACUAAGCGUAUCCCGCUCCAUGACAAUGUCUGUAUUCAUGUCGAGCAGUCAUCUCCUUCGCGACAGCCUCAAGACCAUCCAACCAUUAUCUUUCUCCAUUUCUGGGGAGGAUCUUCCAAAACAUGGUCACCCGUCAAUGGCUUAAUCGCGUUAUCCUUCCCAACUGUCCGGCUCGACUUUCGCGGGUGGGGUAGCUCUACUGGCCCUACAGAUGAGACCGAGUACUCCAUCCUCAAACUCGCCCAAGAUGUUGAACAGGUCAUUGAGCAACUCGAACUGCACAAAUACAUCAUCGUCGGCCAUUCAAUGGGGGCCAAGGUCGCUCAAGCUAUUGCAGGACGAAAGCUUGUUAGCGGGCUUGCAGGUCUAGUCCUACUUUGUCCAGCGCCACCUACGCCCUUGAUGUUGCCUGAGGAGAUGCGGGAUCAACAAAUCAGCGCCUACAACAACACGCAGAACGCUGAGUUUGUUGCCCGGAACGUCCUCACAGCGAAGCCGUUGCCUGAUGGUACUAUCGAGGGGAUUGUGGAGGAUAUGCUAAAGGGCAAUCCAUCUGCUAAAGCAGCAUGGCCAAGAUAUGCUAUGAUUGAAGACAUUCAAGAGCUAUGCAAGAGGAUCUCCAUCCCUUCAAUUGUCGUCGCUGGAGCCAAAGAUCAAGUUGAACCUGUGGCACGUGUCAAGGCUGAGGUUGGUGGUAACAUUUCUGUCGCCGAGUUUCUUGUGCUGGAUAAAGUUGGACAUCUGGCCCCACUGGAGGCACCGAAGGAGGUCGCAGAGAUCAUAUAUAACUUUGUGUCAAGUAAUAUCUAG